CAAAUAGAUUCAUGGGUUCGGCAGCCAGUGGUGGCGUUCGACCGACUGGUCAUUCGACCACCGAACUUCGAAUUUUGUUGGAAGGUAGAGGUGAAGAAUUAGAGAGAAGUCGGCGUUUACUUAAUGAAAAGGACCGUGAAAUAGAAAAACUUAAACAUGAAAUUCAAAAACUUCAAUCCGUCUUACGAGAAACAAAUGACUUAGAGAUAGAACCGAUCUUACGGAGCGGUCAAAAGAGGAGGGCAAAAUUCGCCGUUUCGGGUGAAACGUGGACGGCUAGCAACGCAACAAAUGUUGCCUUUGAACUGAUCCAUCACAAUAAGGAUUUCCGGUUAGAAUAUAUUUUCUUUCCUUAUUUCUCAUUCCUCAUCUUACUACAUCUUUCCUUUUACACCAAAUUCAACACUCGUUCCUCUUUCUUGUCUAUUUCUUCCUUGUCGUGUUUUUUAAAACCUCAUUUUUACCAUGAUAUUAUUAUUUAAACAAAAAUUGUCAGUUGUUUUUUGUUAUGUAUAAACGCUAGAGAAACUGCAAGCGGUUGUUUGCGUUAGGUAAACACCGCGAAAACUCGUCGUCAUAGAAUCGUAGGCCUUAUCGUAAAUCAUUCAAAGUUACAUACUCCAAGGAACUGAUAAAGCGACUUUCUUUUCCCGUCAUGCUUUUUUUUAUUCUUACCUUCUUAAAAAUAGAUAAUUGAAAUCUAUUCAUCUCUCUAAAAGAAUAGAGCGAGAGAGAGAGAGAGAGAGAGAGAGAGAGAGAGAGAGAUGAUUUCCGAUUUUCUCCUUUCUCUUUCUCUCUUUCCUUUUUUUUGUACAAGCGUGUCAUUUAACAGUCAUUUCUCGUAAAUUAUACUUUAUUUUAUUUCUUCUUUGUUGAAUCUUUUUACAGUCGUCGUUGAAUAAAAAUUACUGAUAAGGAUAGCGUAUUGUCGGCUUUAAAAAAUGAGAGUAACUUUUUGUACAGACUCUUGACGCCUUCAAGUGGAAUAUUUUAAGCUAACUUUAACUGUAAACUCACGAAUUGUUCAUUAUUCAUUGUACUAAUAAAUCAGUUUCUUUUCCUCUUACAAAAUCCUCCACAAUUAGUUAUAUUCUUACUGUUCUGUCAAUAAUAUUUACUUACGAUUUAGCCUGGAUCAUUCCCAAUGGUACUGUUUACUGUGAUUAAACGCUUCUUUUUCUUUUCUUUUUCAGUUCUAAACAACUGAUUAAAGAUGCUAUAACUAACAAUGACUUUCUUAAGAACCUCGAAACAUCUCAGGUUGUGGAGGUUGUUGAAAGUAUGUACGAAAAAAUGAUUUCCCAAAAAGAAUUCAUAUGUAAACAAGGUGAACCUGGAAAUGCCUUGUAUGUAUUAGCCCAGGGAUGCCUGGAAGUGACGCAGGAUGGUAAAACCUUGGGCCACAUAAAACCAGGCAAAGUAAUCGGGGAGCUAGCCAUUUUGUACAAUUGUUCCAGGACGGCGUCCAUACAAGCUUUGGAAGACGGAAAAUUAUGGGUAUUGGAUAGAAAAGUGUUCAAGACUAUCAUGAUGAAAUCUGGAUUGGAAAGACAAGAUAGAUAUAUGAAGUAUCUGGAAAAAGUUGAAUUGCUGGAGAAAUUGGGAAAAGAGCAGUUGGCCAAAAUAGCUGAUGUUAUCGAGGAAGAUUGCUACUUUGAGGGAGAUCAUAUUGUCAGGGAGGGUGAAAGAGGAGAUACCUUCUUUAUUAUUAAUGAAGGACAUGUCAGGGUUGAAAAAAGAACAGACGAAGGAACGGCUAUUGAGUUAAAUAGGCUAGGAGCUGGAAAAUAUUUCGGGGAAAAAGCGUUGCUCAGCGAAGAAUACAGGACAGCUUCUGUAAUAGCAGCUUCAAAAGUUGUCUGUUUAACUGUUGAAAGAGACGCUUUCUGCCAAUUGGUGGGAGAUUUAAACGAAUUACGAGACGAAUUAGCAAAUAAAAGAUAUACGGGAGAAGAUGAUAAAAAGAUAAGCGGUACCUCAGGCGGUUCCGUCAUUCAAGUACUCGAUAAAUACAAGAAUAUAGAAUUGGAUCAUUUAAAUAUUGUUGCAACAUUGGGAGUUGGAGGAUUCGGUAGAGUUGAAUUAGUAACCUCCUCGUUCUUUCCUGGCCAAUCAUUAGCUUUAAAAUGCUUAAAGAAGAAGCAUAUUGUGGAAACAAGACAGCAGGAACAUGUCAAAUCAGAAAAGAAGAUAAUGAUGGAAGCUGAUUCGCCAUUUAUAGCUAAAUUGUUUAAGACGUUUAGAGAUAGGAAAUUUGUUUAUCUCCUAAUGGAAGCCUGCUUAGGCGGAGAAUUAUGGACCGUGCUCAGAAUUAACGGUACUUUUGAUGAUCCAACGGCUAGAUUUUGCGUGGCAUGCGUAUUAGAGGCUUUUGAAUAUCUUCAUAACAAAAAUAUUAUAUAUAGAGAUCUUAAACCAGAAAAUCUACUUGUCGACUCAUCCGGCUUCGUUAAGCUUGUCGACUUCGGUUUUGCCAAGAAAUUAAUGGCAGGACGAAAAACGUGGACGUUUUGCGGUACUCCAGAAUACGUUGCUCCAGAGAUUAUUUUAAAUAAAGGCCAUGACUUUGCCGCUGAUUAUUGGGCCAUAGGAAUUUUAAUGUUUGAGUUAUUAACGGGAAACCCUCCGUUUGUUGCUCCAGAUCCUAUGAAAACUUAUAAUAUAAUUUUAGAAGGUGUAGAAAAGUUAGAUAUGCCUAAAAAGGUUGGAAGGAACGCCACAAACCUCAUAAAAAAAUUAUGCAAAAGUAAUCCAACAGAAAGAUUAGGGUAUGGUAAAAAUGGACUAAUGGAAAUAAGGAAACACAGAUGGUUUCAAGGUUUCGAUUGGGAUGGUUUAAGAUCUAGAUCCAUUCCAGUACCAAAAUCCAUCAAACCAACUCUAAAUGGUCCUACAGAUACUUCAGUGUUCGACCAUUAUGAAAAAGAUACGACCAUCCCCGAAGAUGAAAUUUCUGGUUGGGACGAAAAUUUUUAAGAGAGUUGAAAGAGUAUUGGAAUUAUAAAAUGAAGAAAAGCAAAUAAUUUAAAAGGUGCUCUUUUUAUUGAAGAAUCCUUCCCAUGAAACUUGCCUUCAGCUUUCUUAUAAAAAUAAAAACAGCAUUCAAAAUUCUGACAAAAUUUACUGAGAUGUUAAUAAUUUCUAAUCUUCACUUCUUUCAAUUUUAUCUCUCUUCUUCCUCCUUUUUCCCAGUUACCUUUUUUCAUUUCAUAUUCGAUCUUUCAAUGAAUUCUACUCCUUCUUAUGAUCUAAAUAAAAAAAAGACGUCUAAUACUUACCUAGUUUUAUUA